UUGAAGCUUCCAGCGAACCAGGUGGACGACUCGCUCAAUUACUAGUUCUGCAGUGUGCGCCGUCUACACGUCGCCGACCACCUUUGACGUAUAGCCGUAGCUAUGAACAGACUGGGUCUGCAGAUUGCUGCGUCAACGCGAGCGGCGCGUCGUUCUGCACCUCGUUCACUCGUGUGGUCAAGAUGCCUUCACAGUCGGAAAGAGUUGUCAUACCCCAUUGAAGGGGGUCUUGGUGAUUUCCUGCCUCCUGCGGCUCUUAAAAUGAUUGCUGUGGAUUACCAGCAAGGUCUUUUGGACCGGUUGAAUGACGAAGUCAAAAAUACUGAACAAGAGAAUAAGAGUGUCGUGCAAACGGUCAUUGACACCGCAGUUGACCCAAACAAAGUUCUUGCAUUUAGUUAUGCCAGUGAAGCUUUGAACAACUCUUUUUUCUUGGAAUGCAUGAAACCGCCGCCGGUUGAUGACAUCUCCCGUGAAAGGAGUAUUGGACAUGAGCUAGGAACACAAAUUCGCACCAGCUUUAGCAGUCUCGAACAACUGAAGUCGAAUGUUGGCGCAACAGCACUGGGUAUGUUUUCGUCGGGGUGGAUCUGGCUCGCCUGCGACCAAUCUGGACAUCUUGCCGUGAUCCCUACAUUCGGAGCUGGGACGCUACUUGUGCGGUCACAGCACCUCCAGCUUGAGCAUUAUAGGACUGUUGUUGGCGAGGAUUUGACCCCACCUUCGCAACGGCAAAAAUCACCAGAGGAGUUACCUGAGAGUACCCCGGCCCCGCAUCAUACACCCAGUCCUCCUCCCGCACCGACCUCACCAGCCUCGGGCACAUCACAUCCGUUACCACCCCUUCAUCCGCACACUCCGUCACGCACAUUCUCCACAACAAUAUCAACUUCUCUCGAUGUGACUCCCAAUUCCAUUCACUACUCUAGGAGUGCAGCUCCUUCCAGCAUCACAGGCCAGAAAGACAAGGAUCCCUCAAAAAUUGGUCAGAACUUGUUCCCACUGUUCUGUCUGUCGAUGCAUGAACAUGCUUGGGUCGGUGCAGGUUACGGUGUCUGGGGCAAGGAGGAGUACGUGAAGAGAUUCUGGUCUGUAGUAGAUUGGGUCGCAGUGAGCGAUGCGUUUGUCAAGUUCACUCGCAGAUCGAGGGGGGCUUGACCGAGCUGGAUCUUCAAUUGUGUUGCUUUCUUGCAUGAAAUAGACCCCUGCUCAUUUGCUAUCCACAUAUAAUACUACUGUUCUACGUACUUACGAGACUUUUAUAGACGUGGUUGUAAUGGACAGUAUCGGGUUAGGGUUCAAACUAAUAUUACAGUUCGAACGUUCUCGAAGGUUCAUCCAAAGCGAGGACGUCGAUAAAUCCAGUCAUAAGCCAGGCCUCCCUUACUGUACCAGUCUGCUAUCCAUCCUAACUUAUCCCUUUUC